AUGGCAGCCCCUACAACAUUACCAGCGCUCUUAACGUCGCUGACACAGUCGCUGUCCUCGGCGCUGGAAGUGACACCCAAGCUUGCAUCUAUCGAACACCAGAAAGACGGCAUUUCCCUUCUCGAUGUCAAGAACGAGCUCCUUCUUUCAUACCUACAAAACCUGGUCUUCUUGAUCCUACUCAAGUUACGCAAUUCCAAAACGAAUUCGGAAAAUGCCGACGAUAGCGACUCCGAACUCGACGAAUCUGUCAGGGCAAAGCUGGUAGAACUGCGACUCUAUCUUGAGAGAGGAGCAAGACCAUUGGAAGAGAAACUGCGCUUCUCCAUCGACCGAUUUCUCCGAACAGCAGACGAUGCGGAGCGUGAGAGGCAGGCAAAGGAGGCCAGGGCGGCGGCAGGAUCAGAUUCCGAAGAAGAAGAGGAGGAUUCCGAGGAGGAGGCCGAUGCUGAGAAGCUGUCUCACAAACCUGGUAACUUUGGUGCCAUGGCCGACGAUGUUACCGCUCGCCGUGCAGAGCGCAAUGGAGGAGCCCCAGGUGUCUACCAACCUCCCAAGAGAGAGCGCCAAACAAUGGAAGCGCCCCAGCGACCUCAGAAGUUCGACCGCCGCGCCGGCAAGUCACACACUAUGGAAGAGUUCGUGGCUUCAGAGCUUUCUGCUGCUCCCUUGGCUGAGCCCAGUAUUGGAACUACAAUUGUCCAGGGUGGCCGCAAGAUGAAGACCGACUCCCAACGAAAGGAGGAGGCAGAGCGCCGAGAAUACGAAGAGAUGAAUUUCACACGUCUUCCCAAGGAGAGCAAGAAGGAACGCGCCCAGAAGGCGAAGCAGGCUGGUCGCAGCAACCGUAUGCAAUUCGGCGGCGAGGACUGGCACAACCUCGGAGAGGGCGUCGACCGUAUCGACCGCCUUACCAGGGCCAAGAAGUCUGGUGGAAAUGUCCGUUCACUGCUGGACAAGAGCCGAAAGCGUGGAAUCGAUACAACAGAUGGACCUCGUGGAAGUGGUAUGGGGGGUGGAAUCGGAGACAGGUUCAACAAGAAAGUCAAGGUCAUGGAGGGCGGACGACGAGAUCGUGGCAAGAACCGAUGA